CAUCAUUUCGAGCGAAAGUUCGAUUACGAAGCAAUCCUAUUCUCACUAUACGGUGAAUCAAUUGUUUAUUGACGAUACUUGUCUAUUUCGUGUUGUGUACCAAAUCAAGGAAACAUGUCGCUGAUUCCACUACUGUUCUCCGACUGGUGCGAUAACCUUGACGGACCACACAGGUUAUUGGAUCAAGAUUUCGGCCUUGGAAUCUACCCUGAACAACUUGUAACACCACGUCGGGUGGAACUAUACAUGCCAAAGCCUCAGCUGCGAUCCAACUACCUCAGACCUUGGGCUGAGUUGCUCCGGGGUACAGAGCGCGGAGGCUCUUCCUCUGUUGAAGCCGACAAAGAUAACUUUAAGGUUACCCUGGAUGUCCAGCAAUUCUCUCCGAAUGAGAUAAACGUCUCUACCAAAGAUAACUACAUCAUCGUGAACGCCAAACACGAAGAGAAGCAGGAUGAACACGGGUUCAUCUCACGAGAAUUCACCAGGAAGUACCUUAUCCCAGAGACCUGUAAUCUGGAGAAGGCCGAAUCGAAGCUGAGCUCUGAUGGUGUACUCAGUAUUGUCGUGCCCAAGAAGGAGAAGCCCAAGGCAGAGAACGAAAAAGUCAUUAAGAUCGAGCAGACGGGCAAGCCCGCGUUGAAACCUAAAGAGAGCAGUGACAAGAAAAAGGAGAUUGAAGAAAAGAAGUGAACUUUCAAAGUCUGAUAAUUCCACGUUUCAUUAUUUUGUUCCUUUUUUUAUUAAGUACUCGCGUUUCGUUUGUAGAAUUAGACUCCUAAGACUGAGCGAUAAAUCUGUAAUGUAAGAAUGAGAUGAGUGUUUAAUUGAAAUCACACUGUGUAUAGUUGAUAGUGAAUGAAAUUCCAUUUUUUCGUAUCUUUUUUUA